AUCAUUUAAAAGGAGUCACUGACAAACAACCGUUUACACAGGCUUGAAAGUUUGACUCGGAUGUACUGAGCGGUUCUGCAUUUCAAAAUGCAGACUUACCUUCUUUCCCAGCAAUUUAACACUAGGUCUUUGGCAGAAAACUCCACAGCUUGUCCAGCAAAUGCUACUAUUUGCAGUGGCACGUCUUGUGUGUUACCAGAAGAUAAUUUUAAUGAAACUUUGAGCGUAGUUUUAAGUACUGUUCUAACAAUCAUGCUGGCUUUGGUGAUGUUCUCCAUGGGUUGCAAUGUGGACAUUAAGAAAUUCCUGGGCCACAUAAAAAGACCCUGGGGUAUUUUUGUGGGUUUCCUUUGCCAGUUUGGAAUUAUGCCUCUCACAGCCUUCUUGCUGUCCCUGGCCUUUAACGUGCUUCCUAUUCAAGCUGUCGUGGUGCUGAUCAUGGGAUGCUGUCCAGGGGGCACAGCCUCCAAUGUCAUCGCCUACUGGGUGGAUGGAGACAUGGACCUAAGCAUCAGCAUGACAACUUGCUCCACACUGCUUGCAAUGGGAAUGAUGCCGCUUUGCCUCUUUGUUUACACCAAGAUGUGGACCGAUUCUGACGCAAUUGUACUCCCCUACGACAGCAUUGGGAUUUCACUGGUAGCUCUUGUAAUUCCCGUUUCGUUCGGAAUGUAUUUUAACCACAGAUGGCCAAGUAAAGCAAAAGUCAUACUUAAGGUCGGUUCCAUUGUGGGAGCAGUCCUCAUCGUGCUCAUUGCUGUCGUUGGGGGAAUACUCUACAAAGGCUCCUGGAUUAUCUCACCCAAAUUAUGGAUCAUUGGCACCAUAUUUCCAGCAGCUGGCUAUUCUCUGGGAUUCUUUCUGGCCCGCAUAGCUGGUCUGUCUUGGCACAGAUGUCGUACAGUGUCUCUGGAAACCGGCAUGCAAAACACUCAGCUAUGUUCAACUAUAGUACAGCUCUCAUUCACUCCUGAACAACUUGAACUGAUGUUUACUUUCCCACUCAUCUACAGCAUUUUCCAGCUGUUGUUUGCACUACUAAUUUUAGGAGGCUACCGUCUUUACAGAAGACAUCGGGUCAAAACAAAGACAGAUGUCGAGAAAACAGAGGAAAAAGAGGAUUCAAAAUCAACAUCAUCACAUGCUAAAAUAAAUGGAGGAUUUGUAUCAAAUGAGACCAAAUAGACAAUUACCCCUGUUCCCAACAACUGAAAAGUUAUAAGAUACACAGUUUACUUAAAGCAUUUUUUUUCACGUCGUUGCUAUAUGGAAAUAUUUAACAAAAGGAGAAGUUUUGCUGAUAUUGUACAGUAAGACUUACAAAUGAUUAACUUAUGAAAGAUUUCUACUUUGAUUUUGAACACAGUUUCUGCCACAAUUGUAGAAUCCAGUUUUGAAGCUAAUUCCCUAAAAAUAUUUAAUGUUUUAUUACGGCUUAUUUAAAGAAAGGCAGAAUAAAGGUGGGCUAUUGCUAAAAAAACCAAGCAGAUAUUUGCAUUACCAACUCCAGCGCAUGAUCCUUCAAAUCUGUCUGCUAGUCUCGGCCCCCACACCAAACAAAGAGAAAUCUUGUAAAAGCGCCUGAGCAGCAACAGGAGUUGAUGUGGAAGAUCUGAUAAGGCUGGAGGACUUUCACUGAAUCAACCAUGAAAUUGGAACAAGCUAAUAAUGAAAUAAAGUUUCAUUUAGGUCAGUCUGGGCAGAAUAAAGUCAUUGCACUGUACUAAUUGUUUGAAACAUUAAUUUAUUCUAAAACUAUAAUUUUAACAAGUGCAAGGUACCUUAUGACUCUAACUUUUUGCCCAAAGUAAUAGAAAGUAACAUCUUUGCAUCUUCAGUCUGGGUCUUUUAGGUGCUGGAAACAUGAACAGAGAGACAAAGCCCAGAGCAAUUUUAGUGUGACAGCUGCAUAAAAAGGAGUAGGUAGAGCUUUUGGAAGUGUAAGAAAUCAACUUCUGCACUGAAAGGAAGGCAUUUGAAAAUGGAACAAAAUUGUCCCUGAUUCAUCCAAGACUACUUUCACCACUGUUAACGUGAGACAAUAGUGCUUGUAGAGAGUUAUAUUUUUUUUUAUGAACUCAAUAAAUUUGAACUUAACAGGUGCCUGUGACAUGUAGACACUGAUGUAGUUGAUAACUUUAAGUUUUUAAUUAUAUGAACCACAGACAGAAAUAAUUUGAUGUACAUAUACAUUAUUUGUCUUCGAAAAUUCAAGAGUACAUAUGGAAAGCUGUCCUAAGUGUGUGGAGAAAAGGAGUACAAUUCUAAGAGAAACAGUGCAGUAAAUUUUUUGCAGCUGUAAUUUUUUAUGGAUACAUUCAGUAACAUUAGUCCUGUAGCUCUUAUGUAAAGAAAACAUCCAGAGAACUUCAGAUGAAAUGAGUGAGAGGUUGGCUGACCAAAAAAUUCAAGAAUGAGCCAACUAUCAACACAUGGAAACUAUACACCUCUCUGUCAUAUUCAAGUGGACCUUCCGAGGUGUUGUGAGUUAAGGUGGCAGGUUUUGUACAAACACAACCAAAAUUGUGGACUUUAAGUUCUCGACGUGUGGCUUUCCACUGCUGCAGAAAUAUGCCGGUAUUAAACAAAGAAUAAAUUAUUUCUAUCUACCAUAUGUGGGGGAAAGGGUCUCGAAAUGUUCCUGAGCUCUGGGACGCUUGAAGCUGCUUUGUUUUCAGAGGGAGUUCAGAGUGGUCAUAACCUCCAAGGAGGAGUUUAACACUUAGCGGGAGUUAGCACAUAACAAGGCAUACUAUGUUUUAUGGAACGAAGAUUAAACAGAAAAAUGUAGUGAAGUCUGUUAUGGAGGAAUCAUAAAUGUGCAAAAGCACAUUCAUCGAGAAAAGGACAAGUUGCUAUUUGUAACAUCUGUAGUUAAAAGGCUACUGUCUUUAUCUUGCGACCAUCAUAAAUGGGCAGCAGAAGUUAGUUAGGAUCAUGUCUUUCUUACGCACCAAGCUGCUGCUCUUUCCCCAUGCUAAACUUCAAUGCUUCCGUACAUAUUUUAAACAGAUUUUGAAAAUGUAUUGAAGAAUAAUAGUUUGUCUUGCUUAUACUAUGUGUGUGUGUGUGUGUAUUUAAAGCAACUGUAUAAA